GUGAAUUUGAAUAGGGGUUGUCUACCGAAAGUCACGCUAAAAUAUAAGAAAAGAAAAAAUACUUAUUCUAAAUUUUUCUGUUGUUCCCCCGACGCGACGUCCUGAGCCGAGGUUUGCGCCCAACUGGGCAUUUUCAAGCCUUUGUACCAUUUGUCUGGCCAAGUAGUUAAUGCAUUUUGAAGCGAGCCUACAAUAAGUCCUGUCCAAAAAUACGGGAUACUUACACGACUACGGGAUAAACAUGACUGUCCUCAUUCGAAACGUAAAUACAUCUAUUAGUAUGUCUUUGACUGUACUUAAACUGGUUGGGUUUUGGGCCCCCGAAGGAAUGGCAGAAAGGAAAAAGAUAAUGUAUUACUGUUACUCAUGUUUUUCGUUUAUGUUUCUUUUGGGUACAUACCUGAUCAUCCAAAUCGUAGACCUCUUCAUGAUCUGGGGGAACCUGCCCCUCAUGACAGGUACAGCCUUCGUGCUCUUCACAAACUUGGCUCAGACAGUCAAGAUAGUCAACAUACUGGCUAAGCGAGAGAAGAUACAGAAGAUCAUUUACGACGCCGAUGAUGUCUUGAGGAAAGAGGAUACGGAAGAAGGAAUCAAGAUUGUUAAGAGGUGUAAUCGUGAGACCAUGAUACUUCAAGUGCUAUAUUUGUCGUUGACCCUGAUCACCACCACGGGCUGGGCCACCAGUGCCGAGAAGGGCCAGCUGCCUUUGAGAGCUUGGUAUCCAUACAACACAUCAAAGUCACCAGCCUUCGAGCUCACCUACCUGCACCAGGUGGGUGCCAUCAACAUCGCAGCGUGCCUCAACGUCGGUAAGGAUACGCUGGUGUCAGCACUCAUAGCGCAGUGUCGCUGUCGGCUGCAACUCCUGGGGCUGUCAUUAAAGACCCUGUGUAAGGAUAUGAAGAUGUCCAAAAAGCUGGUGUACACACAGGAUCAAGAAGCCGUGGCCGCCGAGCGCCUGCGCAAGUGUGUGGCUCAGCACCAGGCCGCGCUACAGACGGCGGUAGACCUGCAGGCUUGCUUCUCCAUACCUACCUUCCUUCAGUUCUUCAUCUCGCUAAUCAUCAUAUGUGUCACUGCUUUUCAGUUGGUAUCUCAAACUGGCAACCUGGUGCGUCUGAUGUCAAUGGGCACCUAUUUACUGAACAUGAUGUUUCAAGUGUUCAUAUACUGUUACCAGGGUCAUCAUCUCUCUGAAGAGAGUGCCGAUGUGGCGGUGUCAGCGUACGAAUGCCCCUGGUACGCUUGUUCGGUGAGGUUGCGGAGAGACAUCCUCGUUAUAAUGACGCGGACGCGCCGCCUCGCUCGCAUCACUGCUGGGGGAUUCACUACGCUGUCACUCGCUUCAUUUAUGUCUAUCAUCAAAGCAUCGUAUUCGUUAUUCACAUUACUGCAGCAGGUCAAUGAGGAGAAUUAAUUCAUCUUUGUCUACUUUCUCUAUCUACCCUCUCUCUCUCUCUCUCCUUGGCAUUUAUUAUUCCCAUCUGCUGGUGGGGCCUGCCUUCUUUGUAUUUCUCUUCUACUAAUUCAUUUAUAUCUUUCGAAUUAUCGCGUUGAUAUUAUUGCUUUUGAGGAGCUCGGUGGCGCAGCGGUAAACGCGCUCGGUCUGCGAUUGUUGAAGUUAAGCAACUUUCGCAAAGGCCGGUCAUAGGAUGGGUGACCACAAAAAAAGUUUUCAUCUCGAGCUCCUCCGUGCUUCGGAAGGCACGUUAAGCCGUUGAUCCCAGCUGCAUUAGCAGUCGUUAAUAACCAUCAAUCCGCACUGGGCCCGCGUGGUGGUUUAAGGCCCGAUCUCCCUAUCCAUCCAUAGGGAAGGCUCGUGCCCCAGCAGUGGGGACGUUAAUGGGCUGAUGAU